AGAAGAGGAAGAGCACACACAUACAUUAGAUAUAUAUUGUUUUAAGGAUCCAUGAGCCGCAAAAUGAACAGCCCAGCUCCAUUUGUGUCCAAGACAUAUGAUCUCUUGGAGGAGGAGGAAGAAAAGCGGCACAACUGCGGUGGAGAGAGCAUAGUUUCGUGGAAUGUGGAGGGGAAUGGGUUUGUGGUUUGGUCUCCGGCCGAGUUUUCUGAGGUCAUGUUGCCUAACUAUUUCAAGCACAACAACUUCUCCAGCUUCAUUCGACAGCUUAACACCUAUGGUUUCAAGAAGAUAGCAUCAAGACGAUGGGAAUUCCAGCAUGAAAAAUUCCAACGAGGAAAAAGGCAGCUUCUUCUUGAAAUCUGCCGCAAGAAAUGUGAGCCCACCGCCUUUCCUCCUUAUCUCAAAUCUCGGCACAGACACGACGAAAAAGAUGUUGAAGCUCAGACUAUGAGGGAGCUGAGGGAGGAGAACAACAACCUCAAUAAGGAGAAACGAGAGUUGGAAAUGCAGAUAGCUCAUUUCAAAGCACUCCAACUCAGGUUGCUGCAAUGCCUUUCUCACCAACAACAAACUCAAUCAGUUUGAAGCUUUACUCAGCUGUCAAUCAGCUUGGACGUACAACAAACACAAAGCUUGUUCUGUUUUAUGCAAUCAACAAUGUCAUCUUCCGUUUUUCCAACUCAUGCAAUUAUGUAUUUUCAAAAGAAAUUGCAAACAAUGUGAACUCCUUACAUUAGAGAGAGAGAGAGAGCUUUGUAUGGCAUGUGACAAAUCAAGAUUAUGGCAGAGAUUUUUGUACGAAAUGGAAAAUGAUGCCCACAUUUCCAUGGAUUUGACACAUAUAUAUUGCCCUUAAGAUUGAAAUGGCUUGAAAUACC